AUGUCGAGUUCCAGUGCAUCAAGAUUUCUUUUAAGCCUCCCUAAUGAGAUUACCAUGGAAAUUCUUGGGCAUACUGAUUUGAAGGAUAUUAAUUCUAUCUCUUUGGCGAAUAGAAAAUUUCAUAAACUUUUGCAGGAUGACUAUGUCUGGCAACUAAUGUGUAAAAUUCAAUACCCCGAAAGUAGGAUCACAGAUGCACAAAAGGAUCUAGAUGAAAAUGAAACUUUGAAGCAAUUAUCUACUACCUCUAUUCCGGAAUCUAAAACAGGUGAAAACAUCAGCAUUUUUGAAAAUCUCAAACACUUUUUAAGAUCGUUAUACCCGCGUACCGAACAGGACGCAGAGCCAAGUACAGACGUUUCUCCGCCAACAGAAAAUAAUGAAAUGGAAUGGAUGAAUUUGUAUAAAUAUCUAUCAAAUCCAAUCAGUUUUAUUGCAAAAGAGAAAGGUGUUACUUGGUUGGAUUGUCACGAUGGACCAUUUCGUGGUCAAAAUCAUUGGGAAACAGAAGAUGGAGAAAGUGCAUAUGGAAAAAUAGUUCACCUCAAUUAUGUGUGGUGGUUUGAUGUAGUAGCGACGCUGAAAUGCGUUCAACCUGGAACGUAUGAUGUUAUCUGGAGAUUCAAGGUUGAUGGAAGAAGCUUUGGCUUAAAUGGGUUAAAUUUCAAAACGCAAGUUCUAGCCAAUAGCUACGAGGAAUUAGAUACUCCUGAAAAGGUUGUUCAAGAAAAAAACCACGUAUCAGGUUCUAAUGUAUUUAGAGACAUUAAAUCAAAAGGAACCUGGGCCGAGUAUUGCUUACCAUACCAAAUUGAUGUACCUAAAGAAAGAAUUGUUGAUGGAGAAAACGUUUGGUACGACGUUAGAUGUAAAAUAUACAAUCAUAAUGGAUCUCAGAAAUGCGGUUUGGACGACUAUGUCUGGAAAUUAAUGUGCAAAAAUCAAUACCCCGAAAGUAGAAUUUUAGAAGCACAAAAGGAUCUGGAUAAAGAUAGAGUUUUAAAGCAGCUAUUUACAACUGUUCCAGAGCCUAUAACAGCCACACCUUGCACCAGACAGGAAGCAGAGUCAAGUACCAAUGUUCCGUCAGUAACCUCAAAUGAUGAAAUGGAAUGGGCGAUUUUAUAUAAAUAUCUAUGUGACUAUCAUUUCCUUGUUAAAGCAACGCUUAGAUGCGUUCGGCCUGGAACGUAUGAUAUCAUUUGGAGAUUCAGGGUUUAUGGAUAUUCUAGUUUGGAGAUGUUAAAUUUUAGGGCAUAUGUUCUGGCUAAUAGUUACAAAGUAGAUACUCCUGAAACGGUCGUUCAAGAAAAAAAGUCCGCGGUAAUACAAGUUAUGAGUCUAGGCAUUCAAUCAAAAGGAGGCUGGAUCAGAUUCAUCUCACAAGAAAUUGUCGUGCCUGAAGAAAGGCUCGUUGAUGGAAAACCUAUUUGGUAUGACGUUGUAUGUAAUAUAUACGCUUAUCCUAGGAACCCGGUAAACGGAUUGUGCAUAGAUUAUGUCAAAUUAAGGAGCCAUCAAGAUGGGAGGGAGCACCAAGUCUUUGAGUAG